AUGGAGAAAGUUGAUGCAUUGAUACUGCUACUGCUUGAUCGACUGAUGGCAGUGGUUGGCAGUGAUACAAUUCGUGAAGUGGUGGAGGAUACUGAGCCUAUGCUGCUGCUUGCCGAACCUGAAGAAGACACCGAGAAGGAUGUGGAGGCGGAUCCAAUUGACGCAUCGACAACGGAGGCUGAAGUAGACGUCGAAGACGUCAACACGGUGCUGAAAGGGCCAGGGCUGGUGCUACUGGGGGUUGAAGUUGAACCGCCAAUCGGGCCCACACUGGCGUUAAAGGUACUGCUAGUUGAUGUGGUCGUGGUCCCUGAACUUGUUAAAGACGAUAGGGAAGCUGAUGAGCUAGUAUCUGGCACGAUGCUGGUGCUAGAAGAGGUGCUCGUUGGAGUUGGCAGUCCUGGGUUGGUGCUAGGUGGGCUCGGACUGGCGAUCGAACUUGUACGUAAUGAGAUGGCCGUAGAAUCGGGUACAGCUCUAGAGCUAAACCCCGAGGAGCCACUUCCUGAACUUGCCGCUUGGAAUGAGGUGCUGGAUGAGCCUGCUCCGGGUAAGAAAGCCGUGCUCGAGGAGCUGGUCGUAGCCAAAAUGGGUGUAGCAACAAUGGUGGUGGAGCUUGUGGGGUUCGAAGGGAAUGAAUCUGUGGUUGACCUUGAGAUCGGACCGGUGCUGAAGCUGGAGGUAGUGGAUGCGAUGAGUAAAGUACUGGUUGUCGUAGAAGUAACGCUGGAAGUGGAUCUAGAGAUCGGAGCACCGGAAAAGCUCUCGCUGCUAACAGAGCUUGUGCUAGAGGAGAGGAGAGAUGUCAAGCCCGAAGCCGUAACUGAGCUGGGAAUUGAUGUUGAGAUGGAAAUAGGACUAGUGGAAGAGCUACUCGUAGAGUUCAGGGUUAAAGUUGAACUCGAGUCAGGAAGAGGCCCACCCGAAAAGCUUGCUGUAUUGACUGUCGUAACCCACACGCUGCUUGUAGUCGAUGACCCUGCGCCACUGGACGAACUGCUCGUGACUUCACGGAUAGUGGCAGCCGAAGAACCACUGACUGGCGCUGUAAUGGUUAUUGAAGACUGUGGAAGGCUGAGGCUAGCUGAAGGGCUGGUAGUGUUGGCAGUAGGGCUCACUGAUGGGGUCAAGACACUGCUGGUUGCAAUGGUCCCAGAGGUGACGCCUGUAAUGGAGCUCGUCGUGUAG